GGUACUUACUACUUUGUACUGUGACGCCAAUAUCACAAACGCCCAAACCCAUUACCCAUUACUAGAUUCGAGCGACACCAAGAAAUACCACGAAGGGUUAUAAACGCAUACCCCAAAAGAGAAGGAUAGGAUAGUGGUUCUACAACAAUCGCAACAAUGCCGACCGAAAGAGAAUUCCAGAUCGCACCCAUCGUGCCCGAGUCCAUCAUGCACAACUCCAGGACUCUAUCCAACCUGCAGACCCUCACGGCAUCCAUCUUCGGCGCCGCGGCCGGCAUCCUCGGCCUCGAGUCCUACCACGGCUUCCUGUUCUACUUCGUCUUCACGAUCCUGACCACGGUGCUCUUCUACGCCGCCCGCGUCGCCCCGACCUCCCUCAAGGCCGGCCACGGCCUGUUCGACACGAGCAGGUACUUCCGCACCCAGUACGAGUUCUGGACGGGCGGGCUGUUCAGCGGGCUCGCGGGCUACACGUUGACUUGGACGCUGUUCUACGGUCUGGUGAGGGCAUAGCAUAGGAGGUAGGCAUAGCAGAGCCGGGAUGACGAUGAUGAUGAUGGGUGGUUCGGUCUAUGAAUAAGUAUUUGCGAAGCAUUGGUUGGCGUUGGGUAAUAAGGUACGAUACGAUUACGUAGGACGUUUGUGGUGUACCAGUCCAAGACAUCAAAAACCUUCAGUCUUGAAUAAUAUUAAAUACGUCGUUAUCACUGUUAUCUCACUGCUUGUUCCCGUUGUGAUAUCCCCUAAUAAAUAGACCGUUAAUACUGCUACACGGUCUAUUAUUCAUCGCUUGUUUACUCUCCAAUUUCAAUUACCUGACCGACAUACCCUUCAAGGCCCGACUUCUCUUUGGACCCGC